AUGGCCAGCGACGAAGACUACAUGGCCUUCCUCAACAAGGCGAACCAAGACGCCGACCAAGGCAGAGCCUCAGCAGCGCAAAGACCCCAAGGAGGAGCAGCGCAGCGGACAUUCAAAGCCACAGACGACGGCGCCCAGAUCCCCAAGCCCAUUGCCGACGCCCUCCGGGACGCAUUCUACGUCAGCGAGGCCGACGAGCCGUUUACCGGCGUCUCACUGCGGUGGAAGGGCGAAGGGGGGCUUCCCGACGAAGUUGAUUUCGCAAAGUUGAUUCACCACUGGGAUGCCGAAAACGCGCAAAUCGACAUCAUGGAUCCCGUGGACUGGGAUUCCGACGGCCAGUACGCCAACAUCAUCGACGCCGUGAGGGAGGCCACCAAGGGAAACGACGUGAGGGUGUACAGGGUCGCGCGGGAUCUGACGAGGGCCGAGUAUUGGGUCAUUUCACGGGACGACGAGGGCGGGAGGAUUGUUGGCGUCAAGGCGUUGGGCGUUGAGUCCUGA